AUGAGCAAUCCCCUGCCGAUCUCGCGCCGCCUCCUCAUCUUCCAGGAGGCGCGCAACCCGCAUGACUCGGCGGAGGUCGUCUAUCUCCCCGUCAACAAACUGGGUCUGCCCAUCUGCGGCGAAGGGCCGGAGCUGCCAUCAAUCUUGAAGCUUCCGCUGCGCAUUCUGAAGGUGUUUACUGAGAUUUUCAAUCAGCCAAAGUACAAGGGGUGGGCUGUCGUUGCUGCGGGCCCGUACCAUGAUACAUCGGAGGAAGGCAAGUUCUAUGCAGUUGUUCUGGAACAAAUGCCGCCCCAGGCCCAAGGCCAAGGUCAGGGAGCGAUGGGGAUAAUGACUGCAACGCCAUGA